AUGCCCCUCCAGUCGCUGAAGACAAACGCCGCGAGCGCCCGCGGCGCCUCACUACUUUCUCCGUCCGACUACGACGCCGACGCCAUAUCUAUCCGCAGCGACCAGGAUACUGACAGCGACGAUGACGAGCGUCAGCUGCGUGCCCGCAACAGCCGCGAGCUGCGCGCGCACGAUAGGCUCGUCCUAAUGGAGGAGGAGGAGCUGGACCAGCUGGUGACGGAGAGCCGCAGGAAACAGGACAGGCAGCGUAGAGGGUCUGGCCUGCCCAUUCCAAAUCCGCUGAAGCUGUUGACAAGGCGGCUGAGCGAUGCGUCUCCGUCGAGGUCUAGGAGUCCGUCCGCGCAACCCGGCGAAUCGGUGGAGGGUCUCGGCCAGGAGACAAGGAAAGCGAGGAGGCAAAGAAGGCAGGCGAAGAGGGAUAGGAUCUUGGCCCACGCGCAGCAUGGCGAAGACGGCGAGCUGAUGUAUGAGAUGGAGGAAGGUGGCAUGAAGGACGGUAGCUCAACCGGCGAGAGCAGCGAUCGCGACGACAGCGACGAAGUUGACCGGAAGCAUCUGCUGCAUGUCACUGACGCCAAAGCGAAACGGAAGCGUAGCUGUCGUCGCUGGCUGCUGUUCCACGCGAUCGUCGCCGUGGCAUUUGCGAUUCUGGUUCUGGUGGCGUGGAAGCUGUCGCUGGGGCGGAAGAGUUCGCGUCAGCCGAAGUUGGUCAGCAACGGCACCGCCAUGUUCGCCCCGACCACCAUCAUCAUCAGCUUAGACGGAUUCCGUGCCGACUUCCUGAACAGGGGACUAACGCCGAGACUCAACGCGUUCAUCAAGGAGGGCGUGUCACCGCUUUACAUGCUUCCCUCAUUCCCGAGUGUCACAUUUCCAAAUCAUUACACCAUCGCGACUGGACUGUAUCCAGAGUCACAUGGAGUUGUAGGCAACACUUUCUGGGACCCUUCGUUACAGCAAGAGUUCUAUUACACGGACCCUUCCCGGAGCAUGGACCCCAAGUGGUGGAAUGGGGAACCCUUCUGGGUCACAGCGCAAAAUCAAGGACUCAAAACGGCCGUUCACAUGUGGCCUGGGAGCGAGGUGCGCAUCGCUGACACCGAACCGACGUACGUAGACAAGUACAACGGGAAAGAGAUGCUGUCGAGGAAAGUCGACAGAAUUCUCGAGUUCUUGGACAUGCCCGAUGCCGACCGGCCGCAGCUCAUUGCAGCGUAUGUGCCCAACGUCGAUUCGGAUGGGCACAAGUAUGGCCCGAACAGCACUGAGAUCCGGUUCACCAUAUCGAAAGUGGACAAGAUGCUUGACAACAUCUUCAGGGGGUUGGAGAAACGGCAUCUCACGGGCAUUGUAAAUGUCAUCGUGGUCUCGGACCAUGGCAUGGCCACCACCGACAUCUCUCGACUCGUGCAGCUCGAGGACAUCGUGGACCUCACCAAGAUCGAGCACACCGAUGGCUGGCCGCUGAUUGGGCUGAGACCCAAGAACCCGGACGACCUACAAGGCAUCUACGAGGACUUGGCGCAGAAAACCAAAGAGAACCCAAAUCUGGAGGUCUAUCUGCGAGAUGUCAACAUGCCGGAGAGGUAUCAUUUCUCGGCUAACGAGCGUAUUGCCCCGUUGUGGAUUGUUCCAAAGGCCGGAUGGGCGCUCGUCAAGAUGGAGGAGAUGAACCUGAAGGAAGCGCAAGCUAAGGGCGCUGUGUACCAUCCACGUGGCCUUCACGGUUACGACCACGAGCAUCCUCUGAUGAGGGCAAUCUUCAUCGCUCGGGGUCCGGCCUUUCCACACGCCCCAAAUAGUCGGGUCGAGGUCUUCCAAAACAUCGAGGUCUACAACAUGCUGUGCGACUCUGUCGGAAUUGUUCCAGCUCCAAACAACGGUACCUUGCGACUGCCCUUGAAACCUGUAGGUCUACACAAUGACACCUCCAUAAACGAGGUGGACACUCCCGCAGAUCCGGUAGAAAGCCAUACAAUUUCAACGUCGACAACGGUGGCCACAGCGCAAACAAAGCCCGUCCUGGUCGAUCCUGCCACAACAAGCAUGGCGGAAUCUACAGCGCCAACAAGCAAUGCGGAAUCGACUUUGCCGACCAUCAAGGUUGGUGUCGACAAACCUGUCCCACAACCCACCAGCGAACCUUCAGGGACUGUCGACGACGAUGGCAGUGGAAGUGAUGAUGACAGUGAUGAUGCCGCGUCGGCCAUCGACAAGGUCGAGUCCUCUGUCAAAGACUUCUGGAAUUGGUUUACUGGGAAAGUCAGCAACUGGUGGGACAAGGUUAAAGGUUCCGGCGAAAACAAAGGGGAAGACGCGGGAGAGACUAGUCCCUCAUGA